AUGGCGGCGUCCGCGCGCGCCUCGCUGCUGCAGCUGCAGGAGUGCCUGUCGGCCCCCGAUCGCGCCGCGUCCGCGGUGGCCGCCUGGCAGCUGGCCCGCGCCGUGGGCCAGGAGUGCGUGCUGAGCGGCGGGCCCGCGCUGCUGGCAUUACAGACGUCCUUAAUUUUUUCCAAGGAGUUCGGUUUGAUUGUGUUUGUUCGGAAUUCACUUAACAUUGAGGAAUUUCGUGACUGUAGAGAAGAAAUCCUGAAGUUUUUAUGUAUUUUUGUAGAAAAAAUUGGCCAGAAGAUCACACCUUAUUCUCUCGAUAUUAAGAAUGCUUGUACCAGUGUUUACACAAAAGAUAAAGCUGCUAAGUGCAAGAUUCCAGCCCUAGAUCUUCUUAUUAAGUUACUUCAGACUUUGAGAAGUUCUAGAGUCAUGGAAGAAUUUCGAGUCGGAGAAUUAUUUAACAAAUUCUAUGGUGAACUUGCAUCAAAGACAAAAGUACCAGAUACAGUUUUAGAAAAAAUAUACGAACUUCUAGGAGUGUUAGGUGAAGUUCAUCCUACUGAGAUGGUAAAUAAUUCAGAAAGUCUGUUCCGGGCUUUUCUGGGUGAACUUAAGUCCCAGAUGACGUCCAAGGUCAGAGAGCCCAAACUCCCUCUUGUGGCAGGAUGUCUGAAGGGGUUAACAUCACUGAUGUAUAACUUUACAAAAUCCAUGGAAGAAGAUCCCCAGACUUCAAAGGAGAUCUUUGAUUUUGCACUGAAGGCAAUUUCUCCUCAGAUUGAUCUGAAGCGGUAUGCGGUCCCUUCAGCGGGCCUACACUUAUUUGCCCUGCACGCAUCCCAGUUCAGCACCUGCCUUCUGGACAACUAUGUUUCUUUAUUCGAAGUGAUGUCAAAAUGGUGCAGCCACACAAAUGUAGACUUGAAAAAGGCAGCGCUCUCGGCUCUGGAGUCUUUUCUGAAACAGGUGUCUCUUAUGGUGGCGAAAGAUGCAGAACUGCACAAGCAUAAACUGCAGUACUUUAUGGAGCAGUUCUAUGGAAUCAUCCGGAACGUGGAUUCGAGCAGCAAGGAUUUAUCCAUCGCGAUUCGUGGAUAUGGACUAUUUGCAGGACCUUGCAAGAUCAUAAAUGCCAAAGACGUUGACUUCAUGUACGUCGAGCUCCUGCAGCGCUGCAAGCAGCUGUUUCUCCUGCAGACGGACACUGCUGAGGACCACGUUUACCAGAUGCCCUCUUUCCUCCAGUCCAUCGCAAGUGUUUUGCUUCACCUUGACACUGUUCCAGAGUUGUAUACUCCAGUUCUAGAACAUCUCAUGGUGGUACAGAUAGACAGUUUUCCACAGUAUAGUCCAAAAAUGCAAUCAGUAUGCUGUAGAAACAUAGUAAAGAUUUUCCUGGCCUUAGCCCAAAAAGGACCCGUUCUCUGGAAUUGCAUUAGUACUGUGGUGCAUCAGGGUUUAAUCAGGAUAUGUUCUAAACCAGUGAUCCUUCAACAGGGUGCAGAGUCUGAGUCUGAAGACGCCCGAGCCUCAGGAGAGGUCAGAACUGGCAAAUGGAAGGUGCCCACAUACAAAGACUACCUGGGUCUCUUCAGGAGUCUCCUGAGCUGUGACCAGAUGAUGGAUUCAUUUUUAGCAGAUGAAGCAUUUCUUGUGAAUUUCUCCCUUCAAAAUCUGAGUCAUUUGCUAUAUGAUGAAUUUGUAAAAUCCAUUUUGAAACUUGUUGAGAAAUUGGAUCUUACGCUAGAGAAACAGAAUGUUGGAGGACAAGAGGAUGAAAAUGGAGCUCCUGGUUUGCUGGUUAUCCCAACCUCAGAUCCAGCCGCAUACUUGCAACCUGUCAAGCCUAAAGAUUUCUCAGCUUUCAUUAAUUUGGUGGAGUUUUGCAGAGAGAUUCUUCCUGAGAAGCACGUGGAGUUUUUCGCGCCCUGGGUCUACUCCUUUGCCUACGAGCUGGUUUUGCAGUCCACACGGUUCCCGCUUGUCAGUGGCUUCUACAAACUGCUUUCUGUUGCUGUGAGAAACACUAAGAAAAUAAAAUAUUUUGAGGGAGUUAGUCCAAAGAGUCAGAAGCAGUCCUCCGAGGACCCAGAGAAGUCCUCUUGCUUCGCUUUGUUCGCGAAAUUUGGCAAAGAGGUAUCAGUCAAGAUGAAGCAGUACAAGGAUGAACUCUUGGCCUCCUGUCUGACCUUUGUCCUGACCUUGCCCCACGACAUCAUUGCCCUUGACAUCAGGGCCUAUGUUCCUGCACUGCAGAUGGCCUUUAAACUGGGCCUGAGUUAUACCCCAUUGGCUGAAGUAGGUCUAAAUGCUUUGGAAGAAUGGUCACUUUACAUCUGCAAAAGUGUGAUUCAGCCCUAUUAUAAAGAUAUUCUACCAAGUCUUGAUGGAUACCUAAAAAUUUCAACCUUAUCAGAGGACACCCAGGAGACUUUGCAAGCACCAGCACUUGCCCGCGCUGCCCAGAAGGGAUUUAAUAAGGUCGUGUUAAAGCACCUGAAAAGAUCAAAAGCCGUUUCAUCGAGUGAAGAACUGUCCUUACAAGAAAUAAGACUUAGAGUCGUGAAACUGCUUGGCUCAUUAGGAGGACAAGUAAAUAAAAAUCUACUAACAGCUGCAACGUCAGAUGAAAUGAUGAAGAAGUACAUGGCCUGGGACAGAGAGAAAAAGCUCAGUUUUGCGGUCCCGUUCCUUGAGAUGAAGCCCGUCAUCUACCUGGACACCUUCCUGCCUCGACUCACAGAGUUAGCACUUUCUGCUAGUGACCGACAAACCAAAGUGGCGGCCUGUGAGCUGCUGCACAGCGUGGUUGUGUUCAUGCUGGGAAAGGCUGCGCAGAUGCCUGAGAACAGCCAGGGCCCCCCGCCCUUGUACCGGCUCUACAAGAGGACUUUCCCGGUGCUGCUUCGCCUCGCCUGUGAUGUCGAUCAGGUUACCAGGCAGCUCUAUGAGCCACUAGUCAUGCAGCUGAUACACUGGUUCACGAACAAUAAGAAAUUCGAAAGUCAGGAUACUGUUGCCUUGCUAGAAACGAUAUUGGAAGGAAUUGUGGACCCUGUGGACAGUACUUUGAGAGAUUUUUGUGGCCGGUGUAUUCAGGAAUUCCUUAAGUGGUCCAUCAAGCAGACGACACCGCAGCAGCAGGAAAGAAGCCCAGUAAACACCAAGUCGCUUUUCAAGCGCCUCUACAGCCUUGCACUUCAUCCCAACGCUUACAAGCGGCUCGGAGCCUCGCUCGCUUUCAAUAACAUAUACAGGGAAUUCAGGGAAGAAGAAGCUCUGGUGGAACAAUUUGUGUUUGAAGCCUUGGUUAUAUAUAUGGAAAGUCUGUCCUUAGCACACACCGAUGAGAAAUCCUUAGGCACAGUUCAGCAAUGUUGUGACGCCAUCGAUCACUUGAGUCGCAUCAUUGAAAAGAAGCAUACUUCCUUAAACAAAGCAAAAAAGCGUCGCUGUCCCCGAGGAUUUCCGCCUGGUGAACCGUUGUGCCUGUUGAAUCUGGUCCGGUGGCUUUUGGCGCAGUGUGGGAGACCCCAGACAGAGUUCCGACACAAGUCCCUGGAACUCUUUUACAAGUUUGUGCCUUUGCUGCCAGGCAGCAAACCCCCUUCCUUAUGGCUGAAAGAUGUUCUGGAGAAGGAAGGCCUGUCGUUUCUCAUCCACACAUUUGAAGGGGGCGGCGGCGACCCGGAGCGGCCCUCCGGCAUCCUGGCCCAGCCAACGCUGCUGGACUUGCAAGGGCCCUUCAGCCUCCGGGCGGUGCUGCAGUGGCUGGACAUGCUCCUGGCCGCUCUUGAGUGCUACAAUACCUUCGUGGAAGAGAAGACCCUGGACGUGGCUGAGUUUCUCGGUGCUGCGGCACAGUCUUCCCUCUGGAGAGCCGUGGCCUUCUUUCUAGAGAGCAUCGCUCUGCACGAUGUGGCGGCCGCCGAGAAGUGCUUUGGCUCGGGGGCGACGGGGGGCAGUUUCAGCCCUCAGGAAGGAGAACGGUACAAUUACAGCAAAUGCACGGUGGCCGUGCGCCUCAUGGAGUUCGUCACCACGCUGCUCGGCGCCUCUCCGGAGCGUCUCACGCUCCUGGAGAAGGACGUGGGUAGUGGAAGCCUCAUGACGCUCUUGGUGGAGACCGUGUGUGAGCCCUCGAGCGUAGGCUUCAACGUGGCCGACGUCCUCAUCAUGAAGCAUCUUCCCACUGUGUGUGUGAGCCUGAUGGCGGCGCUGAAGAAGUCCCCCUACAGAGACACCCUCGAGAGGCACCUCAGGGAGAGAAUCAGCGCCCAGAGCAUCGAGGAGCUCUGUGCUGCGGACUUGCGUGGCCCCAGCGUCUCCAGGGCCAGGGCCAGGCUGACGUCCAUCGUGGCGGCGUGCAGGCAGCUUCAGAGGGCUGGGCUUCUGCACGCGAUCCUGCCGUCUCAGUCUACAGACGAGCAUCAUUCAAUUGGCACAAAACUCCUCUUCCUGGUGUAUAAAAGCAUCGCACCUGCAGAUGAAGGACAGUCUCUGUCUUUGCUGGACCCCAGCUGUAAACGCCUAGCCAGUGGACUUCUGGAGUUGGCCUUCGCUUUUGGAAGAGUGACUGAGCACCUUGUGACUCUUCUCCUGGCCCGUACCAUGUUGUCCCUGCCAGCCUCGGGAGGCCUGCAGAGAAGCGCCGUCACCUUCCCCCACGGAGAGUAUUUUUAUAGCUUGUUCUCAGAAAUCAUUAAUGCUGAACUGUUGAAAAAUGUCGAUAAUGCUGUGUUGGAGCUCAUGAAGUCCUCGGAGGCUAAUCCCAAAAUGGUGAGCACUGUUCUGAACGGCCUCCUAGACCAGAGCUUCAGGGACCGCGCCACUCAGAAACACCAGGGGCUGAAGCUCGCCUCGACGAUCCUGCAGAACUGGAGGAGGUGCGACUCGUGGUGGGGCCAGGACUCGACUCCGGAGAGCAAAGCAGCGGUGCUGACACUGUUGGCAAAGAUCUUGCAGAUUGAUUCCUCUGUGUCUUUUAAUGCAAAUCAUAGUACGUUCCUUGAAGUUUUUACAACAUAUGCUAAUAUACUUGUUGAUCCCAAACUGGGUUUACAUUUAAAGGGUCAGGCUGUAAUCCUUCUUCCGUUCUUCACCAAUCUCACUGGGAGCAGUCUGGAGGAUCUGAGGCAAGUGCUUGAAAAGUUCAUUGUUUCUAAUUUCCCAAUGAAGUCUGAAGAAUUUCCCCCUGGAACUCUGCAGUACAACAGUUAUGUGGACUGCAUGAAGAAGUUUCUGGAUGCACUGGAGUUAUCCGAAAGCCCCAUGUUGCUGCAGCUGAUGACAGACGUCCUUUGUCGCGAACAGCAGCAUGUUAUGGAAGAGCUGUUUCAGUCCACUUUCAAAAAGGUUAUGAGAAAGAGUCCGUGUGGCACGCAGCUGCAGCUCCUGGAAGGCGUGUACGGGAUGUUCCGGAGGGAAGACCUCCUGUCGAAUGCCACCCGCCAGGCGUUCGUGGACCGCUCGCUCCUCACGCUGCUGUGGCAUGCUAGCCUGAGCACCCUGGAAGGAUUCUUUAGCAAGAUCGUGGUGGACGCCAUUAAUGUACUGAAGUCCCGAUUUAUAAAGUUAAAUGAAUCUACCUUUGAUACUCAACUCACCAAGAAGAUGGGAUAUUUCAAGAUCCUAGAGGUCAUGUAUUCUCGUCUUCGGAAAGAGGAUGUGCACUCCAAGGAAUCCAGAAUUAACCAAGCUUUCCAUGGCUCAUCUGUAGCAGAAGGAAGUGAACUUACAAAGACACUUAUUAAAUUGUGCUAUGACGUGUUUACUGAGAACAUGGCGGGUGAAACCCAGUUGCUGGAGAAGAGAAGACUCUAUCACUGCGCCGCCUACAACUGUGCCAUUUCUGUUCUCUGCUGCGUCUUCACGGAGCUGAAAUUCUACCAAGGGUUUCUCUUCAGUGAGAAACCGGAGAAGAACUUGCUUAUUUUUGAAAAUCUGAUUGACCUGAAGCAUUGCUAUACAUUUCCAGUGGAAGUUGAGGUUCCUAUGGAAAGAAGGAAAAGGUACAUUGAGAUCCGGAAAGAAGCCAGGGAAGCAGCCAAUGAGGGCUCAGGUGGUCCCCAUUAUAUAUCUUCCUUGUCGUAUCUGGCAGAAAGUAGCCUGAGUGAGGAAAUGAGUCAAUUUGAUUUCUCUACUGGAGUCCAGAGUUAUUCUUACAGUUCCCAACACACUAAAUCUACCACUGGCCAUUUUCGGAGACGGGAAAAUAAAGAGGCCGACAUCCCCAGUGACGUUCUGGAGUUGGAGAUGGAUGAGCUGAACCAACACGAGUGCAUGGCGCCCAUGACAGCCCUCAUCAAACACAUGCACCGGAGCCAGAUCCUGCCCAGAGCAGAGGGUACAGUGCCACAAAGUCUUCCUCCUUGGAUGAAAUUUCUUCAUGAUAAACUAGGAAAUCCAUCCGUAUCACUGAACAUACGUCUCUUUAUAGCCAAGCUUGUUAUCAAUACCGAGGAAGUCUUUCGUCCAUACGCGAAGUUUUGGCUUGGUCCCUUAGUGCAGUUGAUCGUCUCAGACAACAACGGAGGAGAAGGAAUCCACUUCCUGGUGGUUGAGAUAGUGGUCACGGUGCUUUCCUGGACAGGACUGGCCACGCCUGUAGGGGUCCCUAAGGAUGAAGUGUUGGCAAAUCGAUUGCUGCAUUUCCUGAUGCAGCAUGUUUUUCAUCCAAAAAGAGCUGUGUUCAGACACAACCUGGAAAUUAUUAAAACCCUUGUUGAGUGUUGGAAAGAGUGUUUGUCUGUCCCUUAUAGGUUAAUAUUUGAAAAAUUUUCUAGUAAAGAUUUGAAUUCGAAAGACAAUUCAGUUGGAAUUCAGUUACUAGGCAUUGUUAUGGCCAAUAACUUGCCUCCCUACGACCCAAAAUGUGGCAUAGAGAGUAUAAAAUACUUCCAGGCUUUGGUCAGUAAUAUGUCCUUCGUAAAAUACAAAGAAGUCUACGCAGCUGCCGCAGAGGUCCUGGGACUGGUUCUCCGAUAUAUUACUGAGAAAGAACACCCCCUGGAGGAGCCUGUGCGGGAGCUGGUGGAGAAGCAGCUGAGGCAGCACCAGAGCACCAUGGAGGACAAAUUCAUCGUGUGCCUGAACAAAACCGCCCAGCACUUCCCUCCGCUGGCCGACAGGUUUAUGAGCACCGUGUUUUUCCUGCUGCCCAAGUUCCACGGGGUGAUGAAGACACUGUGUCUGGAAGUGGUGCUGAGCCGCGCAGAGACGCUCCCGGACCUCUUCCUGCAGCUACGCAGCCUGGGCUUCACUCAGGUCCUCAGGCACAGAGAUGAUGAAAGGCAAAAAGUCUGUUUGGACAUCAUUUAUAAGAUGCUGCCAAAGUUGAAACCGGUAGAACUUCGAGAGCUCCUGGGUCCUGUUACGGAAUUCAUCUCCCACCCGUCUCUGACGUGCAGGGAGCAGAUGUACAAUAUUCUCAUGUGGGUCCACGACAAUUACAGAGAUCCAGAGAGUCAAGCCGAUGAGAACUCCCAAGAAAUUUUUAAGCUGGCGAAAGACGUGUUGACUCAGGGAUUGAUGGAUGAGAACCUCGGGCUUCAGUUAAUCAUCCGAAACUUCUGGAGCCACGAAACUCGGCUACCGUCCAAUAUCUUGGACCGGCUGUUGGCGCUGAACUCUCUCUAUUCUCCAAAGAUCGAAAUGCAUUUUCUAAGCUUGGCCACGGAUUUUCUUCUCGAGAUGACCAGCAGGAGCCCCGACUAUCCCAACCCGAUCUUUGAGCACCCCCUUUCCGAGUGCGAGUUUCGGGAAUACACGAUCGAUUCCGACUGGCGCUUUCGGAGCACUGUCCACACCCCCAUGUUCAUCGAGACGCAGGCCUCCCAGGGCUCUCUCCAGACCCGGGCCCCAGAGGGGUCCCUGCCGGCUCGGGGGCCCGCGGCCAGGCAGAUACGAGCAACCCAGCAGCAGUACGAUUUCACCCCCACGCAGAGUGCAGAUGGGAGGAGCUCCUUCAACUGGCUGACCGGGAGCACGUUCGACCCGCUGGAGGACUCCACAGCCUUCCCGUCCUUGGAUUCCUCGGGGUCGUCCUCCCUGCUGUUUGCCCAGCACAGGAGAGAGAGGCCCGGGGGCUCUGACUUGCAGAAGAAACAGCUGGGCCUCCCCGGUGAUGCAGUGGGCAGCAGAGCGGAGGGGAUCGACAACCGGGCUGAGAUACUCCGACUGCGCAGGCGGUUUUUAAAGGACAAAGAGAAACUCAGUUUGAUUUAUGCCAGGAAAGGGGUCGCUGAGCAAAAACGAGAGAAGGAGCUCCAGAGCGAGCGGCACCUGAAGCAGGAUGCCCACGUCAUUCUGUACCGGAGCUACCGGCAAGGAGACCUCCCCGACAUCCAGAUCAAGCACAGCGGCCUCAUCGCCCCCUUGCAAGCCGUGGCCCAGAGGGAUCCCAUCAUCGCAAAACAGCUCUUUGGCAGCUUGUUCUCCGGGAUCAUGAAAGAAAUGGACAAAUGCAAGACCACACCCGAGAGGAACAGCAUUACCCAGAAGCUGCUGCAGGACUUCAAUCAUUUCCUUAAUUCUUCUUUUUUGUUCUUUCCACCUUUUAUUUCUUGUAUCCAGGAGGUCAGCUGCCAGCACGCCGCCCUGCUGGGCCUGGACGCAGCGUCCGUGGGGUCCAGCUGUCUGGCCAGCCUGCAGCAGCCCGCGGGCAUCCGCCUCCUGGAGGAGACGCUGCUGCAGCUGGAACCCCAGGGGCCGCCUGCCAAGAGAGUGCGCGGCCCACGUGGCCUGACCCCCGACGUCGCCCGCUGGAUGGAGCUCGCCAGACUGUACAGGUCCAUUGGAGAAUAUGACAUCCUACAUGGUAUUUUUAGCAGUGAGAUAGGAACAAAGCAGAUCACUCAGAAUGCGUUAUUAGCAGAAGCAAGAAGUGAUUAUUCGGAAGCUGUCAGGCAGUAUAAUCAGGCUCUCUCCAGGCAGGAGUGGGAGGACGGAGAGCCAUCUAGAGCCGAGAAGGACUUCUGGGAGCGGGCGUGCCUGGAUUGCUACGACCGCCUGGCCGAGUGGACGUCCCUGGCCUUCUGCUCCACGGCUGGCGUGGACGCCGAGAGCCCGUCCAGCCUCAGCAAGAUGUGGGCCGAGCCCUUCUACCAGGAGACCUGCCUGCCCUACAUGGUCCGCAGCAAGCUGAAGCUGCUUCUGCGCGGGCAGGGCGACCAGUCCCUGCUGACCUUCAUGGACGAGGCCGUGGGCCAGGAGCUGCGGAAGGCGCUCGUCGAGCUGCAGUUCAGCCAGGAACUGAGUCUGCUCUACCUCCUGCAAGACGAUGUCGACAGAGCCCAGUACUACCUUGAGAACGGCCUCCACGUGUUCAUGCAGAAUUAUUCUAGUAUCGACGUCCUCUUACACAGAAGUAGACUCACCAAGUUGCAGUCCGUGCAAACUUUAAUAGAAAUUCAGGAGUUCAUUGGCUUUAUAAGCAAACCAGGUAAUUUAUCAUCUCAAGGUCCUCUGAAGAGACUCCUCAGAACCUGGACAAACCGAUACCCAGAUACCAAACUGGACCCAGUGAACGUCUGGGAUGACGUCGUUUCAAAUCGAUGUUUCUUCCUCAACAAAAUAGAAGAAAAGCUUACUCUCCCAGGUGACCACAGCAUGAGCGUCGACGGGGACGGGGAGUCCCAGGAGAACGGGGAGGCGUGUGAGCAGGAGGACAUGUGUUCUCAGAUGAGGAGCUUCAAGUUUUCCAUGAAAAUGAAGAUGGUAGAAAGUGCAAGAGAACAGAACAACUUCUCGUUGGCCAUGAAGCUCCUAAAGGAGCUGCACCGGGAGUCCAAGACGAGCCCCGCCUGGCAGGUGCAGUGGGCACACAGUUACUGCCGCCUCAGCCACAGCCGUGGCCGCGGCCAGCACCCCCGCGACCAGCUCCUCACCGUGCUGAAGGGCGUCUCCGUACUAGGUGAAAACACAUCAAGCUACUUAAGCCAGAACCCUCGGGCCUUCCGUGACCAGAGCGUCCUCCUGGGCGUGGCCUACCAGAUGCUGGCGGACGCCCUCGGCAGGGAGCCCGGCUGCCUGGCUGAAGUGGAGGCGAGCAAGGCCAGGAGGGUCUUGGAGCUUUCCGGAUCCAGUUCCGAGAGCACAGAGGAGGUGUGUGCGGGCCUCCACCAGGGAGCCCUCCGCCACCUCUCCGAAGCCGUGCGUUCAGCUGAGGAGGCCGCGCCAUGCAGCGGGGCCCAGGGGGCCACGGCCGGGCUGAUCGACGCCUACAUGACACUCGUGGACUUCUGUGACCAGCAGCUUGGGCAGCAGGAGGAGGGCGGAGCCGUCGCCGAGUCUGCAGAGCUGCAAACGUAUCCAGUCCUCGUGGUGGACAAAGUGUUGAAAGCCUUAAAGCUGCACUCGCGCGAGGCCCGGCUCAAGUUCCCGCGACUGCUGCAGCUCGUAGAGCUCUACCCCGAGGAGACCCUGAGCCUGAUGACCAAGGAGAUGGCCGCCGUCCCCUGCUGGCAGCUCAUCGGCUGGAUUGGCCACAUGGUGGCCCUGCUGGACAGGGAGGAGGCCGUGGCGGUCCAGAGCACGGUGGAGGCACUCGCCGACCACUACCCGCAGGCCCUCGUCUACCCCUUCACGGUCAGCAGCGAGAGCUUCUCCUUCCCAGACUCCUCUACCGGGCAGAAGAACAAGGAGUUUGUGGAAAGGAUUAAAAGUAAGUUGGAUCAAGGAGGAGUUAUUCAAGAUUUUAUUAAUGCCCUAGAUCAACUCUCUAAUCCCGAAAUGCUCUUUAAGGACUGGGCUGAUGAUAUCGAAGGGGAACUUGCAAAAUCCGGAAAUAAGAAAAACGUUGAGAAGAAAUACAUAAGAAUGCAUGCCUGCUUGGGAGACCCGAGGGCUGCAGGCAUCGGGGCUUUUCGGAGGAAGUUUGCCCAGGUUUUCGGGAAAGAAUUUGAAAAGCACUUUGGGAGAGGAGGCUCGAAGCUGCUGAGCAUGAAGCCGCAGGACUUCAGGAAAGUCACCAAUAAGCUGCUCGAGGCCAUGCGCGGGGACUCCCGGCCGCCCGGGAACCUGAAGGAGUACUCGCCCUGGAUGAGCGGCUUCCGGGCGGAGCUCCUGCGGCACGAGCUGGAGAUUCCCGGUCAGUAUGACGGCAGAGGAAAGCCGCUGCCCGAGUACCACGCGCGGAUCGCGGGCUUCGAUGAGCGGGUGCAGGUGAUGUCUUCCAUCAGGAAGCCCAAGCGCGUGGUCAUCCGCGGCCACGACGAGAGAGAGUACCCGUUCCUGGUGAAGGGCGGCGAGGACCUGCGGCAGGACCAGCGGAUCGAGCAGCUCUUCGAGGUCAUGAACGCCAUCCUGUCGCAGGACGCCGCCUGCGGCCAGAGAAACCUACGGCUGAAGACGUACCGCGUCGUGCCCAUGACCUCUAGGUUAGGAUUAAUUGAAUGGAUUGAAAAUACAUUAACCUUGAAGGAACUUCUCUGGAACAGUGUGUCUCAGGAGGAGAAAAGAGCACUGACAAGUGACCCCAAAGCACCGCCACAGGAGUAUAAGGACUGGCUCACUAAGCUCACGAGAAGAUGCGACUCUGGUGCUUACAGGCUGAUGUUCCGGGGAGCCAGCCGUACGGAGACAGUCACAGCCUUCCAGCGGAGAGAGAGCAAAGUGCCGCCCGAUCUCUUGAAGCGGGCCUUCCUGGCCAUGAGCACUGGCCCGGAGUCCUUCCUGGCGCUGCGUGCCCAGUGCGCCAGCUCCCACGCUCUGCUGUGCGUCAGCCACUGGGUGCUGGGCAUCGGGGACAGACACCUGAACAACUUCCUGGUGAGCAUGGACACGGGCACCAUGAUCGGCAUCGACUUCGGCCAUGCCUUUGGCUCCGCCACCCAGUUUCUGCCCGUGCCCGAGCUGAUGCCCUUCCGCCUGACCCGCCAGCUGGUCAACCUGAUGCUGCCAAUGCGUGAGACGGGCCUGGUGUCCGGCGUCAUGGUGCACGCCCUCCGCGCCUUCCGCGCCCGGGGCGGCCAGCUCGGGAGCACCAUGGCCGUGUUCAUCAAGGAGCCCUCCUUCGACUGGAAGAAUUUUGAACAGAAAAUGCUAGAGAAAGGAGGAUCCUGGAUUCAAGAAACAAAUAUCACUGAAAAAAACUGGUACCCCCUGCAGAAAAUACAGUAUGCCAAGAGAAAGCUAGCCGGAGCCAACCCAGCAGUCAUCACCUGUGAUGAGCUGUUUCUGGGCCACGAGAAGGACCCCGCGUUUGGCGACUACACAGCUGUGGCCCGAGGAAGCAGUGAGCACAACAUUCGUGCCCGCGAGCCAGAGACGGGGCUUUCGGAAGAGGCCCAGGUGAAGUGCCUGAUUGACCAGGCCACAGACCCCAACAUCCUGGGCAGAACGUGGAUUGGCUGGGAGCCCUGGAUGUGAGGACGCAGGAGCCAGCAGAUGAAGCGUGUCUGAGUGGUUCAAGACCUCCUAGACCUUCUCCUACUGCAGUCAGGUCCUGAAGGUCUACGGAAAUCUGAGAUUA